GUGCAAGGUGACAGAUUGCGCUGUAAUAACUGCGGCUGCUGCAGACUUUUCAGACGGAGGAAAGGCUUUAUUUACGGUGUUUGAGCUGCGGGAAUCAUGUCAGAGAAUCAGGACACGGAGAAUCAGCUGGAGUCCGAAGAGAAGCAGGAUUGUCAAGAGAAGAACUGUAACCCACUACUGGCUGAAGAGGCCAAGCUGAAGGCAAAAUAUCCAAACCUGGGACAAAAACCUGGCGGCUCGGACUUCCUGAUGAAAAGAUUACAGAAAGGACAAAAGUACUUUGACUCCGGUGAUUAUAACAUGGCGAAGGCUAACAUGAAGAGCAAACAUUUAGUGGCAGCUGUUGGACCUGAUAAGAACUUGGUGACUGGAGACCACAUCCCCACACCACAAGACUUGCCUCAGAGGAAAACCUCCAUACUCACCAGCAAACUAGCUGGAUAAACACACACACACACACACACACACACACACACACACACUCUCCGCCCAGCUGGGCUCUUCAUGAAUGCUGCUGCACACACACGGACACAGAUGUACAUGUAGAAAAGUGGUUAUUCUUGGGAUCAUUUUGGGAUCAGUGUUUGUUUAAAUGAUGGUUUCUCCAACCCUGAAGGCUUUUAAUUACACAAACAAGUUGCCGAUUGGUGGAGCAGAUCAAUCUUCACUCACUAUCCUCUUAUCAUUAUUUUACAAGUUGUCUUGAAACCGUACAUGCACACAAUCACUGAACACACAGACUGUAUGUUUACUGUAGAGAGCUGGAUGCACACAUACACACUCAAACUGGUUUGUGUUUGUAAUGUGUAGCUGCUAAAACACACUCGACUGAAAGAAUGAGGCAGUGUGUAUCACACACACACAAGUAAAAAAACACUGAACUGUCUCUUUAAAGCAAUAGUCCACCGAAAACUGACAUUUCUGUCAUCAUUUACUCACCUUCAUGUUGUUCUAAACCCGUAUGACUUUCUUCUGCAGAACACAAAACACGGUCUUGGAAUAUAAUGUACAAGUUAAAUUUAUUAAUGUAUGAAAUUUGUACAGUAAAUAGAGUGAUAUAUGGAGAUGUGUUUGUGCUCUCAUAAAUACACACAUCACACAUGAUGAUGGCAUUUCCUGUGUCAUUCUCACAAGCUUGCAUCUUUAAUCAGGACGUGAAGCAACAUCUCUGUUCCUCUCCAGUGUAAACCGGAUCAUUAUGCGAAAGUGGUGAUGUCAUAUAACUGUGGAGGGGCAAGGGGAGAGGUCCUGAUGUCAAUAAAUGUACAGAGAGUGUAUGUUAAAUAUCAAACAAAGUCAAUUUGUUUUGCGGUAUUUGAAAUAAAAUUUUACAUUGUU